AUGCACUUCACUGCCCCCUCUAUGGCCUUGCUGGCUCUCGCAGCCGGCGUCCAGGCCGGUGGUGCCAAGCAGCAGCAUGAACCCCCCGUAAUCAGCGGAAAGGGUAUCGGCAAGCACCAUGCUAGUGGUGCGACUGGCACCGGUGUCAUUCCUACUGGUGUCGUUCCUACUGGCGCCCAGACUGGCACUCACCCCAUCGUCACCGGCUCCCACCACAACGGUACCGGUACCCAAACUGGUAGCCACCCCAUUGUCACUGGAACCCACAACAACGGUACCCACAGCGGUGGUGGUAAGAACAGUACUAUCAUCGUCACUGGUACUGCUCCUUGCUUCAGCUGCCACGGUAGUGCGACCAUUCCCGUUAAUGUCCCUACCAAGACAUACGGCGCUUCUCCCUCCGGUGGUGCUGGUGGUGUUGGCUCUGGCUCUGGCUCUGGCUCUGGCUCUGGCUCUGGAUCUGGAUCCGAAUCUGGCUCUGGCUCUGGCUCCGGCUCUAGCUCUGGCAGCAACGGCGCUUCUCCCUCCGGUGGUGCUGGUGGUGUUGGCUCUGGCUCUGGCUCCGGCUCCGGCUCUAGCUCUGGCAGCAACGGCGCCUCUCCCUCCGGUGGUGCUGGUGGUGUUUCCGGUGGCUCUGGCUCUGGCUCCGGCUCCGAGUCUGGCUCUGGAUCUGGCAGCAACGGCUCUGGAUCUGGCUCCAGCUCCGGCUCUAGCGGCAAUGGCUCUGGCUCUGGCUCUGGCUCUGGCUCUGGCUCUAGCAGCAACGGCUCUGGAUCUGGCAGCAACGGCUCUGGCUCUACCUCCGGCUCUGGCUCUGGUUCCGGCUCUGAAACCGGCUCAGCCUCCCCCGGCUCGACUGAUUACAGCCCCUCCAGUCCUGGUUCCAAGAUCACGGCACCCCAGGUCGGAGUCUUCAGCGCUGUUAUUGGCAGCAUUGUUUACGGUGCCCUUAUGCUCCUUGCAUAA